CUGGGCUCGUUUAGCCCUAUCUGUGGCUUCUAAAAAACCAGUAUUUAGAUAAAUAAUAUUCGUAUCGCAUGCCGCAAAUCUAUAUUCCAGUUUCCACGCUUUGAAGGCACCUCACGCCUUCGCAUUUCUCAUCGUCGCCAUCAGCGACGGCUUGUCUGAGGACGCCGGUCCGGUGGCUAUUGUAGGAUCCACGGGCCUCAAGGAUUUGGUUUGCAGCGAACCUGCCAACGUGACUGGAGUAUCCAAUUUAGGGUUGGGAUUUGUUUCUGAGGGGGACUUGAUCUGAGGGCAGGAGAUAUUGUCUUCCCCCUCGGUGAAAAUGGCGAUGCAUGAGAGGAAAACGAUAGAUUUGGACCAGGGCUGGGAGUUCAUGCAAAAGGGCAUCACGAAGCUGAAGAAUAUUCUGGAAGGACUUCCGGAACCGCAGUUUAGCUCCGAAGACUACAUGAUGCUCUACACAACUAUCUAUAAUAUGUGCACGCAAAAGCCACCUCAUGAUUACUCACAGCAGCUCUAUGACAAGUAUAAGGAGUCAUUUGAAGAGUAUAUUAGCUUUACGGUUUUGCCUUCUCUGAGGGAGAAGCAUGAUGAAUUUAUGUUGAGAGAACUUGUGAAAAGAUGGUUGAAUCACAAGAUAAUGGUCAGAUGGCUGUCGCGAUUUUUUAAUUAUCUUGAUCGAUAUUUCAUUGCUCGGAGGUCGCUUCCUGCACUUAAUGAAGUUGGGCUCACUUGCUUUCGUGAUUUGGUUUAUAAUGAGAUAAAAGUUAAAGUUAGGGAUGCUGUAAUCUCUUUGAUUGACCAAGAACGUGAAGGAGAGCAAAUUGAUAGAGCUUUACUGAAAAAUGUCCUGGAUAUUUUUGUUGAGAUUGGGCUGUUGAGCAUGGAGUGCUAUGAAAAUGACUUUGAAGCUGCAAUGCUUGAGGAUACUGCAGCUUAUUACUCACGAAAAGCCUCUAAUUGGAUUUUGGAGGAUUCUUGUCCAGAUUACAUGUUAAAGGCUGAGGAGUGUUUAAAAAGGGAGAAAGAUAGGGUUUCACAUUACUUGCAUUCUAGCAGUGAACCAAAGCUUCUGGAGAAAGUGCAACAUGAGCUGUUAUCAGUAAAUGCAACUCAACUCCUUGAGAAGGAGCAUUCUGGAUGCCAUGCUUUACUUCGAGAUGACAAGGUGGACGACCUUUCAAGGAUGUGUAGGCUUUUCUGCAGAAUUCCGCGUGGUCUUGAUCCUGUCUCGCAAAUUUUUAAACAACAUGUCACUGCUGAAGGUACAGCAUUAGUCAAACAAGCAGAAGAUGCUGCAAGUAACAAGAAGGCAGAGAAGAAGGAUAUCGUUGGUUUGCAAGAGCAAGUUUUUGUUAGAAAAGUUAUAGAGCUGCAUGACAAGUACCUGGCAUAUGUCAACGAUUGUUUUCAGAAUCAUUCCCUUUUCCACAAGGCUCUGAAAGAGGCUUUUGAGGUAUUCUGCAACAAGGGUGUUGCAGGCAGUUCUAGUGCCGAGUUAUUAGCUACAUUCUGUGAUAAUAUACUCAAGAAGGGUGGAAGUGAGAGACUGAGUGAUGAAGCUAUUGAAGAGACACUUGAAAAGGUCGUCAAGUUGCUUGCUUAUAUUAGUGAUAAAGACCUAUUUGCUGAGUUCUAUCGAAAAAAGCUUGCUCGGAGGUUGUUGUUUGACAAAAGUGCUAAUGAUGAUCAUGAGAGGAGUAUCCUCACAAAACUGAAGCAGCAAUGUGGGGGGCAGUUCACCUCAAAGAUGGAGGGCAUGGUCACUGACUUAACAUUGGCAAGAGAAAAUCAAGCAAGCUUCGAAGAGUAUCUCAACAAUAAUACACAAGUAAAUCCAGGAAUUGACCUUACAGUCACUGUUCUAACAACCGGAUUUUGGCCCAGCUAUAAAUCAUUUGAUCUCAAUCUCCCUGCUGAAAUGGUUAAAUGUGUAGAGGUUUUCAAGGAGUUCUAUCAAACAAAAACUAAACAUCGAAAGCUUACGUGGAUAUAUUCUCUUGGUACCUGUAAUAUCAAUGGGAAGUUUGAACCCAAAACAAUGGAGCUCGUGGUUACAACUUAUCAGGCCUCUGCUCUGCUGCUUUUUAAUGCUUCAGAUAGAUUUAGUUACUCUGAGAUCAUGAAUCAACUAAAUUUGACAGAUGAUGAUGUUGUCAGAUUACUACACUCCCUUUCUUGCGCGAAGUACAAGAUUCUUAAUAAAGAGCCAAAUACCAAGGCCAUCUCACCAACUGAUUAUUUCGAAUUCAAUUCCAAAUUUACUGACAAAAUGAGAAGGAUUAAGAUACCUCUCCCUCCGGUGGAUGAGAAAAAGAAGGUGAUUGAAGAUGUAGACAAAGAUCGAAGAUAUGCCAUUGAUGCUUCUAUUGUGAGAAUUAUGAAGAGUCGGAAAGUCUUGGGCCAUCAACAACUAGUAAUGGAAUGUGUUGAGCAGCUAGGCCGUAUGUUCAAGCCCGAUUUCAAGGCAAUCAAGAAACGUAUAGAGGACCUGAUCACCCGAGAUUAUUUGGAGCGGGACAAGGACAAUCCUAACCUCUUCAGAUACCUCGCCUGAGAAACCACACAGAGCUACUAAAGGUGUUCAUAUUUUGCCUGCUCUCUUCUGUUGCCUGACAGCAAUAAUCGUCGAAAUUGAUUUCCUCGUUAGGCCGUCGGCUGCGCAAUUGUAUUUUCAGUUCUUCUAUCUGUUAAAUUUUACCCAAAUGCAGGUUGAGCUCAUAUUAUCUAUAUUCAACUGUGAGGGAAAUGGUAAUUGGCCAGUUGCAUUUUGCCCUCUCACCAUCUCUUCUUUCUAUAUAUUAAUUGUAAGGUCUCUCGUGUACUGUAAUCGGCAUCUCAAUACUUGUCCUUAUUACCUGGGCAUAUUGCUUUCAUACUUAAUUGUUCUGUAGAUUACUAGUUUGUUUCCCACUUAGACACUACUUCUUUUUUCCAUUGUGUAAUAAUUUCUUGUUUUUUGGAUUGAAGGCGCUACUCUGGUAUUAUGAAUGACAGAUUAAGAGGCUUGUGAACAGCAAGUUUUUAUGUAUAUUUGUUAUUUAUCCGUUUCAGGAUUGUGUAAAAUGCAUAUUAAAAAAUUUCAUUUGAAGGCUUGAACAGCUUUAUGUGA